AUGGCUAGGAGCAGCAGGAACAUUGUUACUAUAGCUGCUAGUCAUGCAGAUUUACUGCUUCCAAAUGCUGGUGGUCUUUUCCUUUUCUGCAUGAUCUUAAUGUCCUUCUCUGUAAUAUCAGUUGUCAUAUUUUCUUGCGGUAAGUCGUCAAGCAGGAAGAAGAAUAGUGGUGCGUCUUAUUAUUCUGGUGCUGCUGGAGAUGCAACAGGUUGCGGAGGACAUGGCCACCACGGUCAUGGGGGCGGAGGAGAUGGCCAUGGGGGGCAUGGUGGAGGCGACCAUGGGGGCGGGGGUGGAGGUUGUGGUGGGGGCGGAGGUUGUGGCUCUAGUACUACAUGA